CUCUCAGUUUCUUUGCGUGAAGCUUUUGAGUUUUAAUGAUCUUGAAGUGAAUUUUUAUGGAAGCCUGAUUUUCACCAUUUUAACUGCUAUGAUUAAAAACGUUCCCUAGCCGAAAUCAAAUUCCCUUAAUCCAUUUGAUUAAUUUACUCAAAAAAUAAUUAUUGCGUAGGCUCCCUGUAGUAGAUGUAUUUUGACUCAUCAAAAUAGUAUAUAAAGCAAAAUAUUGCUUUUCUAUGACCACAUUGUAAGACUUUGUGCCAUCAGUUUUGGACCUCUCCGAGGGUUGUGGUUUUACUGUUUUGUUUUUUUAAACUGUGGAAGAGACACUCCAGGUGUUCCUGGGCUUAUCACAGUAGAAAAUGAAUAAAUAUCUCAGACAGAUUUUUCUGAUAGGAAGAGCCUUCUUCCUUCUAGACUAGGCAUUCUAGUCACCCCCUUCCCCACUAUCUGUUGUAUUAUUAGCACUGUUAUCUGGGAAGAACUCCUUAUCAGUAGUCUACCUUUUGUCUUAACCAGUUUUCUUACUGGUCAGUCUUGAUGUACUUGCAUGUGUAAAAUGGACCUUUUGCAUUUCAGAUACCUGAUUUCAUGCACCCAAGCCAUUGUCCCCCAUUCACUGCACUUUAUGGGGAUAGGAAAGAAGGCUGAAUCAACCAGGGCUGAAAAAGUUCCUCCUAUUGCCUUAUGUAGUAGUUUUGAAAAGUAAAAACCUCAUUGCAUUUUAAUUUAAGGGGACAUACUCUCUUGGGGCCUAAAUUGAUUUCUUAACUAACUUACCCCUUUUUUUAUGUAGCCCUUUUGAUUCCUUUCUCACAUACUAGACACUUAAAAAACUCUUCUGAAUGUAUUUAACCCACUUGGUCAUUUAACGGAGGCCUUCGAUUUAUCUGGCACCAAGAGGGCUCUGGGGAUAGCAAAAUGAAGAAGACAUGGAGUCAAGGACUGCAUGGUCAUGCGGAAUUAAUCAUCCUUCAAGUUAAGCCUUGUAAAUUAUACUUUUUGUUCUGUUACAGAUCGGAAAACUGAGGCAUAGGAAGAUUAAGAAUUUGGCAUAGUAUUUCAAAGAAAAAGUAUUGAUUUCCAUUAAAAGUUCAAUGUUGAAGUAUCUUCACUUACUACAGUUCAAGUAUAAUUGCAUUUUUUUAUUCCAUGUUUGAAUAAAAUGGCAAUAUGUAGUUCUUGAUAAUGUAAAAUAGUAAGUAGAUUGUUAAAAUUCUGAUAUGUAUAUAGUAUGGAGGUAGGAUAAUGUGAAAUUUGGGAGGAAUACUGUUUUUGUUAGAAGUAACAAGGUCAAUUAUUUCAGGCCCUUCAAAAAACUUACCAAAAAAUACUUCGGGAAAAGGAAAGUGCUUUAGAAGCAAAAUACCAAGCGAUGGAGAGGGCAGCAACAUUUGAACAUGACAGAGACAAAGUGAAAAGGCAAUUCAAGAUUUUUAGGGAGACCAAGGAAAAUGAAAUUCAGGACUUACUGAGAGCUAAGCGAGAGUUGGAAAGCAAACUUCAGAGGCUCCAGGCACAGGGGAUCCAAGUAUUUGAUCCUGGAGAAUCUGAUUCAGAUGACAACUGUACAGAUGUUACUGCUGCUGGAACCCAGUGUGAAUAUUGGACUGGAGGAGCCUUGGGAAGUGAACCUUCCAUAGGGAGUAUGAUCCAGCUUCAGCAGUCCUUCAGGGGCCCUGAGUUUGCCCAUAGUUCUAUAGAUGUGGAGGGACCCUUUGCAAAUGUCAACAGAGAUGACUGGGAUAUUGCUGUAGCUAGUUUAUUACAAGUUACUCCCUUGUUUUCACACUCCCUCUGGAGUAACGCUGUCAGAUGUUACCUCAUUUAUACAGAUGAAACCCAGCCUGAAAUGGAUCUUUUCCUUAAGGACUAUUCACCUAAACUUAAAAGAAUGUGUGAGACAAUGGGAUAUUUUUUCCAUUCUAUAUAUUUUCCAAUAGAUAUUGAAAAUCAAUACCUUGCUAUAAGAAAAUGGGAAAUUGAGAAGAGUUCAUUAGUUAUUUUAUUUAUUCAUUUAACUUUACCAAGCCUUUUACUGGAAGACUGUGAAGAAGCUUUUCUGAAAAACCCUGAAGGCAAACCACGAUUAAUUUAUCAUCGCUUGGAGGAUGGGAAAGUCAGUUCCGACUCCGUCCAGCAAUUGAUUGAUCAAGUUUCUAACCUGAACAAGACCAACAAAGCCAAGAUCAUUGAUCACUCUGGAGAUCCUACAGAAGGAGUAUAUAAAACUUAUAUUUAUGUGGAAAAGAUUAUUAAACAGGACAUCCUGGGCUUUGAGAACACAGACCCGGAGACUAAGGAUUUGGGCAGUGAAGAUUCUGUUCCAGAAGAAGAUGAUUUUGGUGAUGUUCUGUGGGACAUACAUGACGAACAAGAGCAAAUGGAAACUUUCCAACAGGCUACAAAUUCAGCCCAUGAGCUGGGAUUCGAGAAAUAUUACCAGCGCCUUAACGAUCUAGUGGCGGCACCAGCACCAAUUCCACCCCUUCUUGUAUCUGGAGGACCAGGUUCCGGAAAGUCCCUUCUCUUAUCAAAGUGGAUUCAGUUACAACAGAAGAAUUCCCCUAACACGCUAAUUCUUUCUCAUUUUGUGGGAAGGCCCAUGUCAACCAGCUCUGAGUCCUCCUUGAUUAUUAAACGACUAACUCUAAAGUUGAUGCAACACUCUUGGUCAGUAUCUGCUCUAACACUGGAUCCAGCUAAGCUUCUGGAAGAAUUUCCACGCUGGCUGGAAAAACUCUCUGCCCGUCAUCAAGGCAGCAUCAUCAUCAUUAUUGAUUCCAUAGAUCAAGUUCAGCAAGUUGAAAAACACAUGAAAUGGCUAAUCGAUCCACUGCCAGUGAAUGUAAGAGUAAUUGUUUCUGUGAACGUAGAGACAUGCCCUCCAGCCUGGAGGUUAUGGCCUACACUUCAUCUUGAUCCUUUAAAUCCCAAAGAUGCAAAAUCUCUUAUAAUUGCAGAAUGCCACUCUGUGGACAUUAAAUUGAGUAAAGAGCAGGAGAAGAAGUUAGAACGACACUGUCGUUCUGCUACGACCUGCAAUGCCCUUUAUGUCACCGUUUUCGGCAAAAUGAUCGCAUGUGCUGGAAGAGCAGGCAAUUUAGAUAAAAUCCUUCAUCAGUGUUUCCAGUGUCAAGAUACUAUUUCAUUAUAUAGACUUGCUCUGCGAUCUUUCCAGGAGUCCAUGGCAAAUGAUAUGGAUAAAGAACUAAUGAAACAGAUUCUCUGCCUCAUAAAUGUUAGUCACAAUGGCGUGAGUGAAUCAGAACUGAUGGAACUCUACCCUGAGCUUUCCUGGGCUGUCUUGACCUCCCUUAUUCACAGUUUACACAAAAUGUGCUUAUUGACUUAUGGUUGUGGCUUGCUCAAGUUUCAACAUCUACAGGCUUGGGAAACAGUAAGACUGGAAUACAUGGACGAUCCAGCCAUUAUUUCUUCAUGUAGGCAAAAGCUAAUCAACUAUUUCACCAUGCAGCUAAGUCAGGACCGAGUGACCUGGAGAAGUGCAGAUGAGCUCCCUUGGCUUUUUCAGCAGCAGGGAAGUAAACAGAAGUUGCAUGAUUGCCUUCUCAAUCUCUUUGUGUCUCAAAAUCUUUAUAAAAGAGGACACUUUGCCGAGUUGCUGAGUUACUGGCAGUUUGUUGGCAAAGACAAAAGCGCAAUGGCAGCAGAAUACUUUGAUUCAUUGAAGCAGUAUGAGAAAAACUGUGAAGGCGAGGAGAACAUGAUUUGCUUGGCUGAUCUUUAUGAAACCCUGGGGCGAUUUCUCAAGGAUCUAGGCCUCCUCAGUCAGGCUGUGGUGCCUUUGCAGAGGUCUCUAGAAAUUCGAGAAACAGCUUUAGAUCCAGAUCACCCAAGAGUAGCUCAGUCCCUCCACCAACUAGCAAGUGUGUACGUGCAGUGGAAGAAGUUUGGCAAUGCGGAACAGCUGUAUAAACAGGCCUUAGAAAUCUCUGAAAAUGCGUAUGGUGUGGAACAUCCCCAUAUUGCUCGUGAACUUGAGGCACUGGCAACUUUGUACCAGAAACAAAAUAAGUAUGAACAAGCUGAACAUUUUAGGAAAAAAUCCUUUAAAAUUCGUCAGAAGGCUACAAGGAGAAAAGGCAACUUGUAUGGAUUUGCCCUCUUACGUAGACGAGCCCUGCAGUUAGAAGAGCUCACGUUAGGAAAGGACACACCUGACAAUGCCCGGACCCUCAAUGAGCUGGGCGUUCUCUACUACCUUCAGAAUAACCUGGAAACAGCUGACCAGUUUCUGAAGCGGUCCUUAGAAAUGAGAGAGCGAGUCCUAGGACCAGAUCACCCCGACUGUGCCCAGUCUUUAAAUAAUCUGGCAGCUCUAUGCAAUGAAAAGAAACAGUAUGAUAAAGCAGAAGAACUUUAUGAAAGAGCUUUAGACAUUCGGAGACGAGCACUAGCUCCUGAUCACCCUUCUUUGGCCUAUACAGUGAAGCAUCUUGCAAUCUUGUAUAAGAAAAUGGGGAAACUUGACAAAGCUGUACCUUUGUAUGAGCUGGCUGUUGAAAUUCGGCAGAAAUCCUUUGGCCCAAAGCACCCCAGUGUAGCUACUGCCCUGGUGAACUUAGCUGUUCUCUAUAGCCAAAUGAAAAAACACAUCGAAGCCUUGCCAUUAUAUGAAAGAGCAUUAAAGAUUUAUGAAGACAGCCUGGGUCGGAUGCAUCCUCGAGUUGGAGAAACAUUAAAAAAUUUAGCCGUGCUUAGCUAUGAAGAAGGGGAUUUUGAAAAAGCUGCUGAAUUAUACAAAAGGGCGAUGGAAAUAAAAGAAGCAGAAACGUCACUUUUGGGUGGAAAAGCUCCUUCCCGACACUCCUCAAGUGGAGACACAUUUAGCUUAAAAACAACCCAUUCUCCUAAUAUUUUCCUUCAAGGACAGAGAACCCUAAAAUGACGAAACUGAUCAUGAAGUGUGGUUGUUCUCUGUUCAACAAGACCUGGCAUAGCUAUGAAAACAAGGAGUUCAAUUCUAUAAUUCUUCCAUCUCUCAAGAGCUAUGUUGGCUUCACCAUUCCUGGUUGUGCUUUUCAGCGGUAGCCUGGCCCAAACCUCUACCUCAAAGAAAAGUUUCAAGGAAUAAAGGGAUAAUGUUUAUGAAAGGUUGGAACUGUUUUCUGUGAAAUGAACUAGUAACAGUUGUCUCUGCUACAUUUUUAAAAAUUCUACCUUUUCCAUGAGCAGACUGGGCUAAGCCCUCUGCUUUCCACUCUCUCUACAUUGUUCUGCUGUGUUAUAUGUAUCUGCAUAAUCUGAAGUUAUUAAUGCAAUAAGUCAAGCUCUUAACAUUCUUUGACCUUCCCCAAAAUAGGGACAUGACAGUCUCCUCUCCUUUCUUAAAUGCCCUAAAUCUCUUCAUUUCUCUCAAAUUCAGAUUAGUCUAUUUUAUAUGAAAAUGAAGUGUUUUACAAAUAUUGCCACUUUUGGUUUUGCACCCUUUAUGUAUUUAUAUGUAAUAAAAUCUUCAAUUCUAAUACCUGUAAGAUUCCAACAUACUAAUUAUAAAGGUGAAAGAUAAAAUAA